CCUUAUUCCCACUUCAUGGAUUUGGCAAAGUGCAACUGGCUGCUGGUGCUCGAGCUGGAAAGACGGAGAUAACAAGAAUUCCUCCAGCAAUGUUUUUGUCUCUGCUCCAGUUGGGUGUUCCCCAACACCCUCAACAGCAUCCAGAGCUGAGAGGAAGCGAAAUUGCAUCUUUCUAGUAAGGCCGCUGCCCCUCUAAGACCUGUGAGCGUGACUCGCUUGUCCAGCGAAGCAGAACAUCAGCUCCACUUCACGCCCUUUGUGAGAGCACAAGAAGGAAGUCGAUACUUGUAAAGAAAGAAAGAAAGAAAGACAGGACUCAACUAGUGGGAUGUGACUCGAUGUCCUCAAAUGCCAAGGCAAGAUUGACCUUGCUUGCUCUCAUUAAGAUCAUUCCUGAGCUGCAGCCCAUUGCAAUCCUGGACUGGUGGCAAGUCAAUUGCAGGGAUGCCCAAGAGCUAGAUCGUAUUCCAGCUGGCUUGAUUAUGAUUACUUCCCGCUUCCAGAUCUGCCAGCCUACACUGGUCUGUGAAAUUACCAACAGCAAGUCUAACCGGCCUCCAUGCAGCGAUACGCCCAAAAUGGAUGCCGUCGACUGGAUGUGGCGGCACCCCUGGAUUAGCCGCUGAUGUGAUUGAUAAUUGAGGGCGCCACAAAGUUUUGGUAAUCCAGGCGGGCAGAAAAGGGUGCAGGAUGCAGUCCGGAGUGAAGACGCUCUCCGCAGGUGGAGGUGCGUCUCUCUGUUGCCUGCUGCUCCUCUGGCUCAUCUACUCCCAUCUGCUCCGAGAGGGCCAGUUGGCGGUGGGAACCUGCGAGAUAGUCAUGCUCAACAGGGACAGCAGCGUUCCCAGACGGACCAUCGCCAGGCAGACAGCCCGCUGUGCCUGCCGGAGAGGUCAGAUUGCCGGCACUACACGGGCCAGGCCGGCAUGUGUCGAUGCGAAAAUCGUGCGGAGUCGUCAGUGGUGUGAGAUGAUUCCCUGUGUAGAGGGUGAAGUUUGCAGCCUCCUUUUCAACCGCUCGGGAUGGACCUGCACCAGAAGCAGCGGACGCAUCAAGACCGUCACGCCUUGGCCCAAAGAGCCAUCAUAGGAUGCAGCGCUGGGAAAAAGACAACCUGGAGCCAUGUUCCCCGAUCCAUGCUGUGAGACGAGCUGCUGUGGCCAAUCACUACGGAACAUUACAACUUGUCACCAGGCCUUGAGCAUCUCUCCUUUUGGCUUUUUCUUUUCUGAUUGUUUCAGCAUCAACCUUGGCUCUUGACAGCAGCUACAUUUAUGGACAAAACAUUGAGACAACUCCUUUGUAUGAGCGGUGACAUAUUCUUCAUUCUUCAGUAUCGACUAUGAGGACACUGUCAGCGAGACUUUAUGAGAAGAUCUUUACAAAAUCCCAUCAUCAUCUUUCUUUGCCACUGUGAGGCCAUCCAAGGUGAUUUUCCAAACAUUCCUACGACACUGACUCACUAUUGACUUCAGCCGGGGCCACUGAUGAGUCUGCGAGACUCACCUGCAUGUAGCCAGCAGACUCUCAGUGUGAAAGGAAAAACACAUUUUGAGCAUUACUGAGGUGGGCACAUCACAUGUGAAAAUGAUGAACUCAUGCCUAACCUACCCAGUCAACAAAGGUCACUACAUGGUCUCAGGCCAUUUUUAAUGACUAAUCAUACAAUGUGCUUUUUCUUUCUGUGAUUUUUUACAUAGUAGUUGAGUAUUUUGUCAAUGAAGCUCACUUCAUCAGAAGCAUUUAUGGGAGCAGACCCUUGGCUCAGUGUGUGUGUGUGUGUGUGUGUGUGUGCGUGUGUGUGUGUGUGUGUGUGUGUGUGUGUGUGUGUGUGUGUGUGUGUGUGUGUGUGCGCAUGCGUGCGUGCGUCAGUGCGUGCGUGAGUGAGUGCGUGCAUGCGUGUACAUCCAGGGAUACCCUAUAAAAUAAAUUAUAUCAAACUGCAUUAUUCAUACGCUUGUGUAUUUUUGGCCACACCCAGCCUUGAAUGCUACACAGACUAGCAUUAGGGCCCUACUGUAAAGAAAAGGGAAAAAAUCUCUACUACCAGAAUAAAAUUCUACGACAGACCCAUAAUUACGAGCAAAAAUAAAAUAUCAAAUAAAAAUUCACAAAUGUACACAAAGUUCCCCAACUAUUUUUUCCACAAAUCGUUCUCAUAAUUAUCUUUUUUCUUUUCAGUGUGGCCCAAAUAUUCCUUCGUAGAUUGUACACUCACACUAAAUUGUGUCAUUGUGUUAAAAAUGCAAUGUGUUUUCCCAUUUUGUUUUUUCAUUUCGUCCUAAUUUACGCAAAGAAAAUUUUGUAUUCUGGGGUCCUGCAUUAUGAUUUAAAGUCUCCACUCUUCUUAUGAAAGUUUGAAACAACAACAACUGAAUCGGAGGAAAAAAAAUGGAAUAAUACCGUAUAAGAAAAGGCUGUUUUUUGUUAUUUCCAAUGAAGUUGAACUGGAGCAAAAAUCACCAAAAUAUAGCAGAUGAUAAUGCAGUCUACUACAUAAUUCAUGACAAUGCAUAUUACAUUACAACAGUUGCCGUCAGCCGUCGUGCAGGGGAUAAUCCACAGUGAUGGGGUGCAGUUAUUGCUCCGCUCCAAGCGAACUUUUUCCAUACCUACAUACUGCAUCAUGAAUAUUCCAGCAAAAUGUUUGUGAAAGGGGAAGCAGAAAGCUUGUUGUGUUUCAAGCUUCAGUGAAUCCUACAGAAACAUAAGACAUGACAAACAACUCAAGAAGGCCACUAUCGCUAAACUUCAAAGGUAACUGAAAAGGAAAGAAUCUGUUUUAUAAAAUGUAUUUUAUCCCAACAGGCAGUUUUUUAUGUAACUAUCACACAAGUGUAAAAAUAAGUGAACUGAUGUAAAACGUGAAAACAAUAAAACCCUAAUUUGGCCUA